GAGCGGCAUCCGAAUGUGGCCGCCUCUUACAACAACAUGGCCAACACACACGAUAAUAUGGGCAAUCACAAAGAGGCUCUCCGUCUGUACACGCUGAGUCUUGACAUCAGACUAGAGACGCUGGGGGAGCGGCAUCCGAAUGUGGCCGCCUCUUAAAACAACAUGGUUAGCACGCACUUAGCAAUGGGCAAUCACAAAGAGGCUCUCCGUCUGUGCACGCUGAGUCUUAACAUCAGACUAGAGACACUGGGGGAGCGGGAUCCGGAUGUGGCCGCCUCUUACAACAACAUGGCCACCACGCACUUAGUAAUGGGCAAUCACAAAGAGGCUCUCCGUCUGUACACGCUGAGUCUUAACAUCAGACUAGAGACACUGGGGGAGCGGCAUCCGGAUGUGGCCGCCUCUUACAACAACAUGGCCAACACACACGAUGAUAUGGGCAAUCACAAAGAGGCUCUCCGUCUGUACACGCUGAGUCUUGACAUCACGCUAGAGACGCUGGGGGAGCGGCAUCCGGUUGUGGCCACCUCUUACAACAACAUGGCCAACACGCACUUAGCAAUGGGCAAUCACAAAGAGGCUCUCCGUCUGUACACGCUGAGUCUUGACAUCACGCUAGAGACGCUGGGGGAGCGGCAUCCGGAUGUGGCCACCUCUUACCACAACAUGGGUUGUCUUUAUGAAACCACUGGCGAAUUGCAUUUAGCCCUGGAUUGUCUCACUAAAGCAAUGACCAUACGAACAGACACACUGCCCGACAAUCAUCCAGAUCUGAAAAGUACACGUGCUGAGAUGGAGACUGUCAAGAAUCGCUUGCAGACACAACAAACACAUGUGCUUCCAUCUUCUCCGACGGGAAAUGCUGGAAGUUCUUUUGCAGAGGAGACUGCUCAAUCGACCGUUGUUGGAGCUGUUGGACAUUCGGAUGAAUCUGUCUCGGCCACCAGAACACGGCAGUCUUCUAGUUUUUGCAGAAUUCUUUGACCAUUUCUCAACCAAUCGAGACACGCCUUCCCAUAACCCAUAUUGGGAAACAACAGCGGUCUCUUGCUGACAUUUUCAUGAUCUCGCAAAGCCUUAACUCAUUAUUGCCUAGCAAAUAACAUAUUCUCCUGCUCACUUGUAAAUUUGUUCUAUUUAGUACUUGUACAGUAUUUUGUAUAUAAAGAGUUGAAUUAGUUUCUGCUACAUUUGUCUUUUUGUCUGUUUUUGGGAGGAUCGAGCUCAUUCGGACGCUAGCGUCAACUAUUAUUGCUCAAAACGGUUAACUUCGAACAAUGGGUUCAGUUAAGAGCUAUCAUUAGAUAUUUGACUUCUUUAUAUAAUGUUUGACGCAAAAAGUGGUUGAAAUAAUGCAUAAAUGCAAUAC